AUGGUUCAGGUUUGCUGGAGGCGAUGGCAAAGGGCUUCUUCGAUGGUGAGCAAAGAUCUGCGAUGGCAAGGGAUGAUUUCUUCGAUGUUCUGCAAUGUAGGCAAUGGCAAAGGGCUUCUUCGAUGGUUCUGCGAUGGAGGUUGGUGUAAAUGGGAUGGGGUGUGCGAUGGGGUGUGUCUGCAAGAGGAGAGAAUUUUCGAUGGGGUGUGGCUGGAUAUCAGAUGGGGUGGGGUUUGA